CAACGGAACCGUCGGCGUUGAAAAGUCCCCGGUGUUCCUGGACUGAAGGUUGUUGCAAGAGAUCAAAGCGACCAAGAUACCCCAACCAUGCCUGUUCAAGGGAUUCGGACAGUGACUUCCGCCAAGAACGGCGUCGGCGCCUUCAUUCUACAAUGCAAGCGUCUGGAUUUCCACUACUGCGACUGGGCAGGUAGCUCCCGGGGCAUGGUGAGCUUCCUGAAAAACAAGCUUCCCGCCUUCGCCAAAAAGAACCCUCAGAUCGAGAUCCGAGUAUCCCCCCGACCGCACAAGCACCCCAUGGUCAAGGGCCACUACAUCAACGGCCGCGAGAAGGUCGUCUGUGUGCGCAACCUCGAGCCCGAGCAAAUAUUCAAUAAGGCGGUCAUGAUGAAGGAAGCUAGCGGCGAGAAGCUGAAGCGCACCAACAAGCCCGUGACGAGUAUCAACGAGAGCGUGCGUGGCAUCUGGUCCCCGUAUCACGGCGACCUCCGGAGAGUGUAAAAGCGGAGACUUUUUUCUUGUAUCCUUGUUUGUCGGGGUUAAAUCAGCAAUGGUGUUAUGUUUUCUGGAGACCCAUUUCCAGCUUGUCAUAUUAUGUCUAAUGGGGGCCUUUAUAUCUUGCGUUUGUGUUUCAUCUAGUCUUCCCUGGGAAGAUCGCUAGCCUUCUUGUUUGAAAGGGUUGGCAUUAAAUGUACAAAAUACAGUGUUUUUGAAGUGUCAUUU